AAUACACAUGCCAAUUCGAAUAUGAGGAAAAGAACAAAUGCCUUGGUCCACUCAGAAUCUGAUACCAACAGCAGAACUGAGGUGGGAAACCAUUCCAGUAAGACCACGACAGUCCAAGAGCCUGCUGAAGCCACAGCGAAGGAGUACUUAGCUUCUAGCCCAAAUCCAUUCAGCAGGGCAAAUGCAGCUGAGACGAUAUCUGCAGCAAGAAGUCUUUCAUCUGCACCCUCUCCCACUCCUUGUGGCACAUCGAGACCAGCUUCUUUGGGGUCAGCUUCUACGCGUCCCGCAUUUGGGUCUAGACUUGGGCGAAUUAAGACCACAGUUAAUACCACAGGGGCACCUGGGACUGUGUCAGCCACACCUCCUCCCUCUGCUCCACCACCGUCUGGAUCUGGCACAAGUAAAAUAGACAAAUAUGCUCGUAUUCUCUUCCCAGUCACAUUUGGGGCGUUUAACAUGGUCUACUGGGUUGUCUAUUUAUCUAAGGACACCAUGGAGAAAUCAGAAAGUCUAAUGUAA